AUGUCCCAUACAGUUUGGCCAUGUUUGGCAAUGCUUGGCCAAAGAAGAUAUCAUCUCCAAAGGUUUUUGGCACCGCCAGGGCUCAUCGGCUUCGUGAUCAUCGUGGCCUGGCAGGUGGUAGCAAUCAACCUCUACUCUUUAGAUGAUUGGUCCAAAGCGACCUUUUUCGUGAGAGAUGGUAGUUACACCUUUCUCGCAUCGAUGAUCUAUGCCUGCUUCGGCCUCUUCGUCAUUCUCUUGCGCAUUUUGCCACGACGCUUGGUGAUGCCACGAAGAUUGGCCUGGCAUGUGCUGGUGAGAUACACCCUCACUCGUGGCUGCCCAGAGUGGUACAGGCCGUUUGCAUCACAGACCAUCGCGAAGUGGAUUGACAAUUCCGUAACUGUGUUCUACAUCACCUGGGCCAGUCGCUUCGUUUGCCGGGCAUUGCCCUGGAUCUUGGAGGCAACCAGCUUCCUUCUGCCCUUUUCUCCUGGGCGCUUGUGGUCUGCGUCCAAUGCCCAGACGCGGACCUUGGUCUAUGAUACGCUGGUGGCCUUCUCUCGAAAGUUGAUGUGGGCUUGCCUCCUAGCGCUGUCAGCCCUGCUGCUGCUGAAUCUCAAGGAUCCCAACCUCUCGGCAGCUCAAAUCCCCAUGGAAGAGCAGGAAGCCGUGAAAGGGGCAUCUUUGUUCCCAUGGAGGCCGUUGGUGUGGUUGCUGGCCAUGCGGGCGAGGCCACGGCUGCGGACCUCCAACAUGCGGCUACUCUUGGCAGACAAGUGCCUGACCUGCGCAAUCUACAUUUGCUUGAUCUCAGUGCCCUUGCGGCUCAUCAACGUGCAGCUGCGUACGGUGCUGGCGGUGGGCGGUGUGGGCGGCUUGGCGGUGGGUUUGGCCCUGCAGAACCUGGUGCAGAACCUCAUCUCCGGGAUUCUCAUUUACACCAACGCGACGAUUUGCGAAGGUUUGGAAGUAGAGCUGCAAGAUGUGAAGCUCCAAGGGGUUGUUUCAGAAGUCGGCUGGUUCAACACCACGGUGAACGGCUACGAAGGCACGCGGGUCACGGUGCCAAAUCGGCGCAUCCUGGAUGGCACGGUCAUCGAUAAGACCAACAAGCGCUUCAGAGUCUGCCAGAAGCAUUUGACUGUGACGUUUCAAGAUCCUUCGAACUUGGAAGUGCUUGUCAACACCGUUCAGGACGAUUUGCGGAACAACCCCAAUGUGCUUCAGAAGUCUGCAGUGCUUCGAAUUCUCAUGGCCAAUCGAGGCCAUAUGAAGAUCUAUGAGCCACAGUUCGUUUUGGCUGGAUGGUCAGAAUACGGCGCCGACUUCUACCUUCGAGCUUACUUUGAGAAGAGCCUGCAGGGGGAUCGCUUUCUGACUCUACAAAGCCAGCUCUUGAUUGCCGUGAGCAAGAGAAUCAAGCAGUUUGGAGGCCGAUUAGGCAGCCCUUUGACGCCUUUAGUUCCAGCGCCAGUAUCGCGGGAUGGCGCCGAACCGCCCCAACGAACGCCCAAAAAGUGGCGCUUGAUGUGGGGCAGUGCCCAGGCAGAGACGGUUCAGGCCAAGAUCCUGGCCAAGAGGCGGGCCAUGGCCUACUUGUCCAAGCAGCCGGUCUGCAGGCUGGAACCAAGUCUGCUGCAGCAGCAUAACGCUGUUGAAGCUGGUGGAGGUCUCCACGCUUCGCAUGCCUCGCCCGACGGAGUCGAGGUCGGCGUCGGCCCGACGGUCGAGACCAAGGGCUACACGCAGAGAGCAGCGGAUGCUCCACCGCCCGAGCUGCCCAGUGUCACGUUUGGGCAGUUGACGGCUGACAGUUUUUUGUAG